AUUUCCCAGCGGCCAGCCCUUCGCAGCUUUGGAAAAUCGGAGCCUCCUGCCGUCCUGCGUGCGAAACUGCUAAUUCCGAACUGAGCAAGAAGACGGUGCGAACUGCGACUCUGCGAGUGACUCCGUCCUUCUCUCGAUUCCGCCUCAGCCGCUGAGCUGCCCGCCAGCCCCCUCCGACCAUCCGGCCAGGACGCCAGCCGCCAGAAUGGAUGAUGAACACAUUGCGAAGAAGGGAAAGAAGUUGAUAUCAUCAUUCUUUACGAAAGUGAAUCGUCAAACUGGUGAAGGGAGUUCUGAACCUAUACCUACGAUAGUGCAAGAUGUACUCAAUGAGGUUCCUUGACAGUGAUCCAACUUUGGCUCAUUGACAGUGGCGGCCCGGGGCAGGAGAGGCAGGGCCUUGGCCCAAAUGAUUGGAAAAAGUUUGGCCCAAUAGUAUUUCAGCAAAGCCCAAUCGCCAAUGGCACUAGAAUAGCAAAAGGCCCAGUAAUGCAGACUUCAGUCUUCGGCCGAAUAGAGCGGCACCGGAGCAGCAUAUCGAUUGACAUCGGCGAAGCGGUGACGAACACCUAUUCCCAAGUGCCAACUGCCUAGCCGCCGACUCGUUGACUGCCCUACCCGUGCCUGCUUGGCGGCAUGCCGCCCAUCCCCUGGAUUCGCAGUCCAAUCGGCCCUUCUCACCUUAAGGCUUCAAUGCUUCACGGAGUUCACGCCUAACGCCUUCACCACUUCAGCCUUCAGGGUUCGACCUUUUCCAGUGCUCCAAUGUGGUAGUGAGCCAAUAGAGCAUCUUCAAGUUGACGAGCUCUAGUUUCCAAAGGUCACCAAUAUCUAAUGAUUGUCAGUUCAAGGUAAAGAGCUCGAUCAAACAAAUUCACAUGGAAAAUACUCAAACCAGGAGCCAUUCAAGGGGCGCAUUGGUUGUCUUUGAAGGGCUGGACCGUUGUGGAAAGACAUCACAGUGUAGUAGAUUGGUAAAAUACUUGGAUGACAUUGGGCACUCAGUUCAGACGUGGAGAUUUCCUGAUAGAAACACCUCUAUAGGGCAAAUGAUCUCUUCGUAUCUCGCGAAUAAGUCUCAUUUGGAUGACCGUGCUAUUCAUCUGCUUUUCAGUGCCAACCGUUGGGAGAAGAGGUCAUUAAUGGAAGAGACUUUAAAGAGCGGAACUACUGUUAUUGUAGAUCGUUACUCUUAUUCUGGAGUGGCGUUUUCAUCUGCAAAGGGACUUGAUAUCCAAUGGUGUAAGAACCCUGAUAUAGGAUUGCUUGCUCCAGAUCUAGUGCUGUUCCUUGAUAUAUCACCUGAGAGAGCAGCUGAAAGAGGAGGUUAUGGUGGUGAGAGGUAUGAGCAGUUGGAGUUUCAGAAAAAGGUUGCCCAGUCAUACCAGGCCCUUCAGGAUCCAUCAUGGAAGAUUGUAGAUGCAUCCCUUCCCAUUGAAGACGUUGAAAUAAAACUGAGAGAAUCUGUGGUAGAAUGCAUGACAAAAUGUGGAGAGGGAAAACCCUUGUUGCCAUUGUGGUCGAACUAGCUAGUUUGUUUAUGGCUUUUUCUCGUAAGGGUCCAUGUUUCUGUAUACUUAUGCAUUACAGUUUCUCUGGCGGCUUCAUAGCAAUGCAAGGUAUCAUCACUUAUCAAGUCUUCAGUGACAUUAUUUAGAAUGUGAUGUUUCUUUUUCCUUUCUUGUAAUUUCUGUCCCCAAAAGAUUGCUCUUUGACCAAGUUGUGCCAUAUUUAACCUUUUUGUAAGAUUCUUAUACGUCAUCGGAUUUGUCUUUUCAAUUUUCAAUUAUUUGUUGAUGUAACUGUG